UCUCCUCCAAUUAGGGACAAGAGGAAGCAUUCGGAAGAGGGGUGGACCCGUAAAUUUGCUCCCGCUCAGACGCGCAAUGCCGCUUGCCCGGUGACCGCUAUUUGCCCCGAGUAUCGCUUACUUAUCUCCUACUGUUUGAUUUGUUUCGAAAUCAAUUCUACAAAAUUUCAAAUUUGUUACCUGUUUUAUCCGAUUCAAUUUCUUGCUCAUAUAUCGAAUUAGCCUGCCGUAUAUACAAAUAAACAUGGCAUCAUCAGGUACCAUGAACAAGAUCGAGAGAGCACACCAGCGGUACAGGGAAGGCAAAUACGCGGAAGCCCUGGGUUUUUAUACAGACGCGCUUUCUUUGGCCAAGACCAAGUCCCAAAAGAUCGCUCUCCACAGCAAUCGCGCUGCUUGUUUCCUCAAACUUCACGAUUUCAAAAAGGCAGCGGAUGAAUGUACGUUGGUGCUUGAACUAGAUCAAAAACACACAGGUGCGCUGAUGUUGCGCGCUCAAACCUUAGUCACCCUCAAGGAGUACCAUUCAGCACUUUUCGAUGUCAAUAGGCUGAUUGAAUUGAAUCCAUCAUCAGAAAUGUAUCAAAAUCUUCAUGCCCGUUUGAAGACACAACUGUCACUUGCUCCAAUACCUGAAGCUGAAGUAGAGCUUGAAGAAGAUGAGAAUGAAGAUGAGGAAGAACAAUGUACUAAUAAAGAAACCAAUGAAGGUGGUGUAGGGAAAGAUGACAGAGAUGUCAUGGCAGCAACUACAGGAGAAGCUGAGUCUGGAACUGUCGAACUGACAACUGAAGUUGGUGAUGUUCAAACAGCUGAAAAAUCAUCUGAACAACAGUUCACUAGCUGGGAAGCAAUCCCACAGCCAAAGGGACAUUCACGGCUAGACUAUUCUAGAUGGGACAGGGUGGAAGAUGAGUCGAGUGAAGAUGACGAUGAUGACGAUGACGACGACGACGAGGAGGAUUCUCAGCCGCAAUUUAGAUUCCGUGUCAAGACUAUUGGUGUGCGAGCUGUUAAGUAAAAUGAAAAAAAUAUUUAAUGCAAGUUGCAUAAAUUGGACAACAGCAUUCUUUAUUGUUUCAUACGAAGAGAGCUGAAAGCCUAUUCAGAUUAGAAUGAUGGUAACUUGUUUCAUUCAGCAUCAUGUGUGGAAGUCUCUGGUAGGCUCUAUUCCUCGAGCCACUAAUUGAAGCUCCAGGUCAUGUUGAUAGUUGCUUUUUCUGUGAGCACAGAAACAAUGUACAUCUUAUAUGAAGUGAUUGAGCAACAGAAAAUGAGAUAAUCGCUGGCCAGAGUGAGAUUCGUGUUGCUUCUGGCAGUGUUACUUCGACUCUAUAGUGCUAUUUUGAUUGGUUCCCUAUGUCUGAAGACUGGUGUCCAUGCUGCUGGCUGUACAGUCUCCUUUGGUGGUGUGAAUGUAGAUUUACAUCUUUGGAUGCAUGAUUCUGCUGAAUGAAUGAUAUGCAAAACCGCCAUAAUGCUCUCUUUCCUAUUUCAUGGCUACCAAUAGAUCAAAGGUCAGCAAUAGGAAGAGGAACAUGCCUUUUCUUUUCUUUUUUCUUUUUUGGGGGUUAUGUUGUAUCUUUUUACAUUAGCAAAUGAUUCAUAUUUUGUACAUUGUUAAUGAAUCAUGAAUUAUAAUGCUCCCGUUAAAUUACUAAUAAUAUCCGCAGACAGCUUUGAGUAA